UCACGUGCGGGCGCGCGAGGCCGCGUUGAUAGGUGGGGGCGACUCUGCCGGGCGCCGGGGCAGGAAGGGCUGUGGCCGCCGUGCCAUUCUUAAAGGGGCCGAGAGAAGGCGACAAGUGGCUGACGGCCGGAAGGAAAAUGAGUGAGUCUUUGGUGGUUUGUGAUGUUGCUGAAGAUUUAGUGGAAAAGCUGAGAAAGUUUCGUUUUCGCAAAGAAACAAACAAUGCUGCCAUUAUAAUGAAAAUUGACAAGGAUAAACGCCUGGUGGUACUGGAUGAGGAGCUUGAGGGCAUUUCACCAGAUGAACUUAAAGAUGAACUACCUGAACGACAACCUCGUUUCAUUGUGUAUAGUUAUAAAUAUCAACAUGAUGAUGGAAGAGUUUCAUAUCCUCUGUGCUUUAUUUUCUCCAGUCCCGUUGGAUGUAAGCCUGAACAACAGAUGAUGUAUGCUGGGAGUAAGAAUAAGCUAGUCCAAACAGCUGAACUAACCAAGGUAUUCGAAAUAAGAAAUACUGAAGACCUAACUGAAGAAUGGUUACGUGAGAAACUUGGAUUUUUCCACUAAUGUGAACUUCUGUGUUUCUAAAGUAUUUAUGAUUAACCUGACCAUACUGGAACCAGACAUAAAUACUUAUUUAUGCCUAAAAAUGCACCGUUACAUUCAGCUUGUUUCCUGCAGUAAAGAAAAAUUCUUCAUUUGUGCAAAGUUUGAACGAAGAGGAAAUCAUCUUCAUAGUAAUGAAACUUUGUAAAAGUGUUUCCUUAUAUUUGUAAUUGUUAGGUGGACUUUCUCCAGGGACUUUUUGCACUCUUGUGACUAAUUUCUAUAACUUAUAGUUUAGAAUUUGUUACUAUUUACUGACACCAUUGGAAAGUGGAUAUUAGAUUGUGAUAGACAACAGUUGCCUCUUUUUGACAAAUACUGGAUAUUAGCAGUUUAUAUAUGAAAAUAGCAUAUUAUCACUUGUCAAACCAUUAAAGUUAUUUUGGGUUAGAGACUUGAGUGACCCAAUUCUCAACCAUGAAUAAUAAUUUAUGGUAGUAUAAUCUGUAUUACAAGUAAAUUUUUCAUGAAUUCCAUGCCUCCUUUGGUUUCCCGUAUCUUUUUAAUCAGCCCUAGAAACUGUGUUCAUCAAUCACUCAUUCUUAAUGUCUGGGAAUUAGAUUUUUAUGACAGAAUUAUGACUUAGGUUUUCUUCUUGUGGAAAAUAGCAUCUUAGUUUUAGAAAUUGGUAGGUUAUAGUAAUCAAGGGCUUCAUUCCUAAUUAUGUCAUUUCUAGAUAAUUUUUGAAUCUAGAUAGUUUUGAAUCUAGGUUAAUAACACUUUUAUUUAUAAAGCACCUCCUAAUGUCCUGUGAACACUAAUUACUUUAAAUGUGUUAAUACUGUGCCUUUGAUUUGUUAGCUUUAAAGUUAGUCUAAGACUUACACUGCCAGUAUUACAGAUUUGGUGAAAUUAAUACUUUUUUAAAGGGUCCAAGUAAAACAAUUUUCUAAUGUGUGUAUCUCAAAUUUAUAAUAAAUCAACUUCAUAUUUUUAAAAUUCCAGCUAUCUGCUUGCAUUGGUGAAUAUAUGGCAGUUGAGAGUUAGAAUUUUGGGUAUAUUUGUGAUUAGUUUUGUGCCAUAGGAAAAAAUUAUAUAUCUUAAAACUUUGUCUGUAAUUAGUAACAUUAACACAUUAAUGGAAAUCACAUCUUAUAUCCUAAAUGUCAGAAGAUAUUUUAAACUGGACACCUGCAGAGUUAACAAAACCAGUCUUAUUAGAUGAUGGCGUCCUUGGCUUAAAGCGAGGAUUCUGUUGUAUAGUGUACUUCAAAAACAAACAUAUAAGUAACUGUUUAACAACACUGAUUUGAUAUAAGUUCUAGUGACUUUAGAGACUAACUAAAUUUUGUGAGUGAAUUCUUAUAUUAAAAAUAUCUUAGUCAUUUCAAAAUUAGCAAAGGCAUUUUUUUAAAUGUUGACAUAUUUUCCAUUUGAAUGUUCUUUGCAUUUUAUUUUUGAGGUUUCUGUACCGACUUUAAUAAAGAGGUAAAGAUAGAUGGAAUUUUCACAGUAUUGAAUAGGGCAUCAUCUGUUCCUGACACUGUUUGGCUUCACUAUUCUAGAAGUCAGGAAGCAAUAGGAAGUUAGUUGGUGAUGAGGAAGUGCUAGAGUGUGUAUUUGUUUUUGUUAAUGACUGGAAAGGAUUCUUUAUUCCAGUUUCCAGAGAGAGAAAACUUCACCCAGGAAGUUUAAGAAUUCUUUAAAUAGGUAUUUUGAUAUUGGAGAAUAACUUGCUUUAAUUCUCCAGAAAUGCAAAUAUAAUCCAAGUGAGAGUGGAGAUGUUUUUAAUGUUUUUGAAUGAAGGAAAUGAGAUUUUGUUUCACCUGGUUUGCAGCAAUAAGAGAAAUUAACUAGAGCUGCAAGCAUGUAUUUUUUAAUGAGUUUACUUAUUUUGUCUUGCAUGAUUUUAAGAUUUUUUUUUUUUUUGAUUUGGAAGUUUUCCAUAAUGUUAGAUAAUAUUGACCUGCCAUAUGCAGAACUCUUAGUUCCCCUGUUCUUAGCAAACAGCUGUGAUAAACCAUGCUUUUUUGAGCUUGUCUUACUCCUUAUAUUAAUAACGUGUUUUGCAAGACAACACAUUGAGGUUAGGGGAUCAGAAGAAUAUGUUUUAUUUCGUCUGUCCUAUAGGGAGAUUUAUAUAUCCUGUGCUCUAAAGUGUUCUCAAACAUUUAUAUAAAUUUCUCAUUCAUCUAACUAAAUUUUGGAUUCUUCUUUUCAAGUAUAUUUUCUUUUUAGUCUUUUUCUUUCUUUCCUCAAAUAGUGACUCCACAUUUCAUAAUAACAGUUUUUACAUUCCAUUAUCUUUUUGGUAUACCCAUUCUCAUUCAGCCUUAAAUCUUAAUCUUUCCUUUUUGGCAGCAACUCUUUUCCUGGGACCCUCCUUCAUGGUCUUCUAAGUCAGUGUUAGUUUUGAAUUUGUUGGCUUUGCAUAAGUUCUGCAUAGCAUCUGAUGUCCAGUAGAACCAACUAGUAGUCACGGUAUGUAUUCAGUAUGCUUUUUGUGACAACAAAAAUUACAUUUGAAGAAAACUUCUCAGGUUACUAUGCUGAAAUUCCAAAAUGUCUGACUUUUGACUAGUAAUACUUGUUCUGGUAUUGAAGCAAUUAUAUUAGGAAAAAAGUUGGUUGACUGAAUUUUUAUUUAAUUGACUUCUUAAAUAAGUGUUCAAAUUGUCUGUUUCUAAACAGUUUACUCAAUGCCUAGUGCAGUUAAACAUUUUUGUUUAAGAGGGUGUUGCUAAAUUUUUUAUUGUCAUUACUAAAUAAUCCGUGUGGCAAAAGUUCUGUCAGCACUUUUCCCUCCCUUUUUAUCUCCUAUUUUCAGGAGUCAAAUGUAGCUAUAAACUGUAUCCUGGUCUGACACUUUAACUAAAAGUUUCCAGUUAGGGGAGUUUAUUGCCAAAUUAAUUUUUGGCUGUUUUUCCCCACCCAUUCAGAUAUUAAGGAAGGUGUACUUAAAAAAAAAAAACGUUUGGACUGCUUUUAAAACCCGAGCAAUGUCAUUAAUCCAUAUGUGGACUAGUGAUGAAUAGAUAUUUUCAUAAAGUUUAAAUGCUGAUAUUUGGUGGAAGUAGAGAGUAACUUGUAUUCUGUCAUUUCAAGUAUUCAUAGUAUGGUUGCUUUCUCUGUUUGUUCAAUAGACUGAUAAUACUGGAAUCUAUAGAGUUUGAGCCUUUACAACUUAUGUGAAGAAGUGUUUCAAACAUUUCUGGACAAAUCCUAUUUUGUAUUUCUGGAAGAAUGUAAAUAAUCUUCUAGGCCACUUAAAACCAAUGGUUCCACAUUGAUUAUUUUUUGAGAAAUUUGUUUCUUAUUAUGCCAUUUGACAUUUCAAGUCAGUGAUCAUAUUCCUGUAACGUUUAAAACAACUGCAUUAAGCUUGUGAUAAACUGCAAUUUUCUUGCUUUUUGGAAUAUAAUUUAUACACAUGUAAUUACUUGAAUAUUGUUUGAGAUAACAUGCGAGGGCAGUUUCCUCUGAUUUAAAUGGUCCAAUAUAAUCUCAUUCAGGAGGCUUGAAACAUUAAUGGUUUAGUCUUAAGAGUUUUAACAGUUCUCUGUCAUUGUUUAACAAAACCAACUGGCACCACUUCUUAAGCUGUGGUUUCAGUCUCUGCUAGUUCAUAUUGCAUGUUUAUUUUGGACAGUCUUCUGUUAAGCAUGGUGCUUGUACUGGUUUAAAUAAAAUGUUAACAUGAAAGGA